AUGCCUCACUAUCUCCUCCUCUCCAAAACCGCCGCCAUAACGGGCGGCACCACGGGCAUCGGACGUGCCAUUGCCCUCGAAUACAUCCGGCAAGGCUGCAACGUCGCCGUCAACCACCUCGACCUCGCCUCGGACGCGGUGCACAAAGACUCGCUGCUGGCCGAAGCCGCGGCGAUUCGAGAGAAGGACGAGAAGGCGGGCCGGCUAAUCGAGGUAGCGGGCGACGUGACGAAGCCGGAAACGGGGCGCCAUCUGGUGGAGGUCGCGGUCAAGACGUUUGGGAGGCUGGAUGUGUUUGUUAGUAAUGCGGGGGUUUGUCAGUUUGCCGAGUUCCUAGACCUCGACCACGAUCUCUUCGCGUCAACCGUCCGCACCAACCUCGACGGGGCCUUCUACUCAUGCCAAGCAGCAGCGCGCCAAAUGGCCACGCAAGGCGACGGCGGCAGUAUCAUAGCCAUCUCAUCCAUCUCGGCCCUGGUAGGCGGCGGUCUGCAAACGCACUACACGCCCACGAAAGCCGGCGUGCUCUCCCUGAUGCAGAGCAUGGCGGUAGCGCUGGGCAAGCACCGGAUCCGAUGCAACGCGCUGCUUCCGGGCACCAUCAAGACGCAGCUGAACGAGGAGGAUCUGAGUGAUGAGAAGAAGCGCGAGUAUAUGGAGGGCCGCAUCCCGCUGGGCAGGACGGGCGAGCCGAGGGAUAUGGCGGGCCCGGCGGUGUUUUUGGCCUGCGAGGAGUUGAGCGGGUAUGUGAAUGGAGCGCAGCUGCUGGUUGAUGGAGGGCUUUUUGUCAAUUUGCAGUAG